AUUGGUUUGACAGUGACAGGGAGGUUUAUUCGCAGAGGUUAUGUUGUUAUAUCACUGUGUUUAGUUUUUCUCAAUUUCUCUCAUAAAAUUGGAAAUUAUGGAUGAAGUAAAUGCUCGUCUAGGGUCUAUGCGGAAUACACUUUCUGCUUUAAGUAAGCGUAGAUCUUUUAAAUAUGGUUUACCCUUCAUUUUAUUUAUGGUUGGAGGAUCAUUCGGUUUACGAGAAUGGACACAAAUCAGGUAUCAGUUUUCCAAAGUAAAAGGCGUGAGUAAAGAAGAAGCAAAGAAAAUGGGCCUGAAUAAAGAAAAGGAUGUAACUUUGGAACAAACGUACGAAGAAAUACAAAAAUUAGACAUAGACAAUUGGGAAAACAAACGAGGCCCACGACCUUGGGAGACCACAGAACCGGAAAAGAAAUGAUUAUGUGUCAAGUGUGACUUCAUACUGUUAGCACAAAGUGUUAAAGUAUUAUUGUUGUAAAUAUUUUUAUCUUAGUUAAAUAAAAUAUUUUUUGUUUUCCUAAACAUA